CGAAACAGAUUAAAAGGAGCAGCCAGGAGCUGUAAUUAUCGAAGACGUGUUCAUAAGAAAUGCUGAAAUGCCGUCUGAUAGUUAGUGCCUUAAGUCCACGAUUGAUAUUGCUUUUCAAAAACCAAGGUAGGCCACAUCAGUGUGAGAGGUUGCGGUCUUUUCAUACUUUCCCUAAGAUGAUGAGUGAAGAAGUAGUUCAACCCCCAGUCAAGGUGCUGAAAAGGAGUCCGGAGCAUGACACAUGCGAUACUGAGCAUGUUGAUAAGAAACUGAAAAUAGAUGAAGAUCAGACCAGUAACGAGAAGAAAUUUCCAAAAAGAAAAGUGGUGUUGCUAAUGGCAUAUUCAGGAAAGGGAUAUUAUGGUAUGCAGAGAAAUCCUUCAGCUACACAGUUCAAAACCCUCGAAGACGACUUGGUCAUGGCUUUGGUGAAGGCUGGAUGUAUUCCUGAAAACCACAUGGAUGAUAUGAAAAAGAUGUCCUUCCAGAGAUGUGCAAGGACUGACAAGGGUGUGUCUGCAGCUGGUCAAGUUGUGUCUCUUAAACUGUGGUUACUUGAAGACUUGGUGGACAAGAUAAAUACACACCUCCCACCUCAGAUUAGGAUUCUAGGUUUCAAGAGAGUCACUGGUGGUUUCAACGCCAAAAACAACUGCGAUGGCAGAACGUAUUCCUACAUGCUUCCCACCGUUGCUUUCUCGCCCAAAGAUCACGACCAAGAAGACACCUCAUUCCGUCUGGAAACCGAAACACUACAGAGGGUAAACAGGCUCUUUGCCUGCUAUAAAGGAACCCACAAUUUCCACAACUUCACCUCCCAAAAAGGUCCCCGAGACCCAAGCGCACGGCGCUACAUCACACAGAUGUACUGCGGGGAGCCCUUUGUACGAAAGGGGGCGGAGUUUGCAGUUAUCACUGUGCGGGGCCAGAGCUUCAUGAUGCAUCAGAUCAGGAAGAUGAUUGGUCUGGUGAUCGCUGUGGUAAAGGGUUAUGUAAAUGAGGAGGUGAUUGAAAGAAGCUGGGGUGAAGAGAAGGUAGAUGUGCCCAAAGCCCCCGGGCUGGGACUGGUCCUGGAGAGAGUGCACUUUGACAGGUACAACAAACGCUUCGGAAGCGACGGCCUCCACGAGUCACUGGAGUGGACGGAGCAGGAGGACGCCGUAGCCGCUUUUAAGGAGGAAUACAUCUACCCUAGCAUCAUUGAGACAGAAUUGCAGGAGAGGUCCAUGGUUAGCUGGAUGGCCACGCUCCCUAUUCACAAUUUUGAGGGCACGGCAGCAGGCGCACAGCAACGCAAGGAUGGGAAUCACGUGCAACAAGAUGAUAAUGAAGAUGGGAAUGGAUCUGACUGAACUACAGCGAAGAGUGGACAUGUUUUUAUUUUGCUUUUCCUCAGGCUUUAUAUUCUUUCUUUUUGGAAAUAAACUUUGGCUUAGAAUAUCAUGUUCUUGUCCACAUAAGUUCUUGAAAUAAACAUUUCUUUUUAC